AUGUCCUUCUCGCCGCAGAUUGUUGUGGACUGCCGCGGGCAUUUGCUGGGUCGCCUGGCAUCCGUGCUCGCAAAGGAGCUGCUGAAUGGACAGCACGUCGUGUGCGUCCGCGCGGAAGACAUCAACAUCUCUGGCUCCCUGUACCGCAACAAGCUGAAGUACGCAGCGUUCAAGAGGAAGCACAUGAACACCAAUCCCCGACAAGGGCCUUUCCACUACCGAGCACCAUCGAAGAUCCUCUGGCGCACUAUCCGCGGAAUGGUUCCUCACAAGACCGCUCGUGGAGCAGCUGCCCUGGACAGGCUCAAGACCUUCGAGGGAAUCCCGCAUCCGUAUGACCGCAAGAAGCGAAUGGUUGUCCCCAGCUGCCUGAAAGUCCUCCGCCUCCGCCCCGAGCGGCGGUUCUGCCGCCUCGGCGACCUCUCCAAGGAGGUGGGCUGGAAGCACGGUGCCCUCAUCGAGCGCCUUGAGUCUCAGCGAAAGGUGAAGAGCGAAGCCUUCCACAAGAAGAAAACGGCCACCCUGCGAGCCAAGAACGAGGCAAAGAAGGCUGUGAAGCUCCCCGCGGACCAGAUGAAGGUCCUCGAGGAUGCGGGCUAUGCGUGUGUCUCCUUGCUUUCCAGCAUUGUCGCCUCGCGAGUCGGCUCAAGCGAUUGGUCGGCGGGGCUCGGGGUGAAGGCAAGCGCCUUUGAGGAUGUCCUUCUCGCCGCAGGUGGGCUGCUGUCGCACAUGCCAGAGGGUGCGAAGGAUGUGGAAGACAUUGGAAGACGUAGGAAGUCAGACACUUUGAACACCAGCCCGAGGCACGUCGUGUGCGUCCGCGCGGAAGACAUCAACAUCUCUGGCUCCCUGUACCGCAACAAGCUGAAGUACGCAGCGUUCAAGAGGAACACCAAUCCCCGGCAAGGGCCUUUCCACUACCGAGCACCAUCGAAGAUCCUCUGGCGCACUAUCCGCGGAAUGGUGCCUUGGACUAGAAGACUGUCACCAUCAGUGAAUCAGGUUCCUCACAAGACCGCUCGUGGAGCAGCUGCCCUGGACAGGCGCGGUCGGUUCAUGAGAUGGCAAGAGGUCCCCAGCUGCCUGAAAGUCCUCCGCCUCCGCCCCGAGCGGCGGUUCUGCCGCCUCGGCGACCUCUCCAAGGAGGUGGGCUGGAAGCACGGCGCGCUGAUUGAGCGCCUGGAGUCGCAGCGCAAGGUGAAGAGCGAAGCCUUCUACAAGAAGAAGACCGCCACGCUGAGGGCCAAGAACGAGGCUGGGUUUUCUGAGGUUUUUUGA